CAUUGACAGUCAUCACCAGUUCAACCACAAUCCAUGGCUAAAGGAGCUUUGACGGUGGAAAUUGUUGGUCGAUACUGUGUGUCUCCACCGCCAAAUACAGUCCCGCCGACCUCUCUUCCCUUAACAUUUUUUGACAUUCCAUGGCUUUUUUUCUCCCCAACGCAGCCUCUCUUCUUCUUCGACUUCCCUUUCCCUUGUUCACACUUUCUAUCCACCGCUCUUCAACCGCUCAUCCACUCCCUUUCCCUCACUCUCCAACGAUUUUUUCCUUUAGCCGCCUCCCUUAUGUGCCCGCGCCCGUCUUCCACGCCCCUCAUCGUUUACAAAAAACCCGACUUCGUCUCCUUGCUUGUCGCCCAAUCCAACGCCGAUUUCUUCCACUUGUCCUCCAACCAUCAGCGAUGUGUCAAAGAGUUUUACCCUCUGCUCCCUCCUUUGCCGAGCGAGGGGGAAGAGGGAAUCCCAUUGCUUGCCGCACAGGUCACCGUUUUCUCUAAAACUGGUAUCUGUAUUGGGUUUGCGUAUCACAACGUGGUUGCGGAUGGGAGGACUUUCAACAGCUUCAUCAAGACAUGGGCGUCACUUUUCAAACACCCUUCUUCUUCCUCAUCUCCACUUCCCUUCUACGAUAGAGGUGUGAUAAAAGAUUGUUACGGGCUGCAGUCCAUAUUCUUGAACCAUUGGAGCAGCAGCAGAACAUCUUCGGCUUCGCAACGCAUGGUCAUAGGCGUUUCAGACUCGGACUCGGUGUCAGCCAUGGUUAGAGCCACUUUCCUUAUGCGCCCUGCUGAUAUGGAGAAGAUCAAACACUGGAUUGUCGGUCGAUGCAAGGCCAAAAACAUGGUUCAACCUCCACGCUUAUCACCCUAUAAUCUAACGGGCGCUUUUGUGUGGGUGUGUUUGAUGAAGUCCCAUGAGAAAGUUAACGGUAAGUUAACGGGUAAGAACCCGAGUUACUUCGGGUUCAAUGCGGGUGGUUUAACCCGGUUGGGCUACUCGAUCCCGACUACUUAUUUCGGUAACUGCAUCGGGUUUGCACGAACCAUGGCAACUCAAAGUGAGCUUUGCGGGGAGGAUGGGAUAAUCGUGGCAGCCAAUGCUGUCGGAGGCAAAGUUAAGGAUUUGGAUGAAGCAUUCUUGGACGGGGCGGAAAACUGGAUAUCGGAUAGGGAGAUGUUUUACGGAUUAGGUUCGGAGCCCCAUGUGAUGGUUUCCGGGUCACCGAAACUGGAUUUGUACGAGACUGAUUUUGGUUGGGGAAGGGCAAGGAAAAUAGAGGAAAUCUCUAUUGAUAAUGCCAAAGGCAAUGCAGUUUCCUUCACCGAAAGCCGAGACGUGAAAGGCGGCAUCGAGGUGGGACUAGCAUUGCCUAAGGCCAAAAUGGAUGCUUUUGCGUCUUUCUUCUCCCAAUUGCCUCACUAAACCCACUUCCCUUUCCCUUGUUCACACUAAACCCAUCAUUACAGACAGAUCCUGUCCGUGUCUAUCAGAAGAAAGUGUACUAAUUAUUGCUUUGUGUCGGUACAUUAUUUGUGGUCGUGUCUAAAAAAACACGUGGUAUUUAAUUGUAUGGCUAUCCUGUUUCAUCAU